UGGUAUAGUCCCAUGUCAAAGUUGACGUGCAUCUCUUUCUUUGUUGCUUGCUAGCAAGUCCAAAAGGAAAUUGAUAGAGUACAAUCGUUUUCAAGAAAAAUAAUAAACACAUUCAACCAUAUCUGUAAGAGGAUUCAGUCUACUCAACAGCUUCAAGCUCUGCAGGGGCAGUAGCUGGGCAUCAGCCACCAUCACAGUCCUCACCCUCACUACACAGAGGGACCAAGACAGAGGGUCAUGGCUCAUAUGGUUGUCAGUCAUGAGCCCAUGGCACUGCAAGAGCCCGCCAACAUAGCGAAAGCUCCAGCAAAAAAGCGUGGGAGAACGGCACAACCAAAGGAACCCAAGCCACCCAAAAUGCCCAAGGCCAAACCAGGACCCAAGGCCAAACCAGGACCCAAGGCCAAACCAGGACCCAAGGCCAAACCGGGACCCAAGCCCAAGAAAGGCAAGGAGGGUCAAGAGGCAGACGGCACGCAGGAGAAAAUAGACAAGACCUUCAAGAAAGUCAAGAAGAAAAGGGACCGCUUCAAAGGCAUGACUGAGGAUGAGGUCAUGAGUAGAACUCUGACCGACAUCCUUGACUACAACCUGGACUAUGUUAUCAUUGGAAUCAACCCAGGUCUCGUGGCAGCCUAUGUUGGACGAUGGUUCCCUGGCCAUGGAAACCAUUUCUGGAAGUGCCUGUUCUUGUCCGGAUUCACUGAUGAGCAGCUUAACCACAUGAGCGACACCAGCCUGCCAGAGAAAUAUAAGAUCGGCUUCACCAACAUGGUGGCAAGGACAACGCCUGGAAGCAAGGACCUGUCAACCAAAGAGCUACGCGAGGGCGCCUUAAUUCUUGUUGAGAAGCUGAAAAAGUACAAGCCCCUCAUAGCUGUUUUCAAUGGAAAAUGUAUCUAUGAAAUGUUCUGCAGAGAGAUGUUUGGUAAAAAGCCCAAGAAGCUUGACUUUGGUCUGCAGCCACACAAGAUACCGGACUGUGAAGUGGCAUUAUAUCUGAUGCCCUCGUCGAGUGCCCGCUGCGCCCAGUUUCCCCGUGCCCAGGACAAAGUGCACUUCUACAUCAAGCUGAGGGAAUUGAGGGACCAGCUCAGGGGCGUGGCCCGAUCUGAGGAGAUUCAGGAGUUGGAGUACAGCUUUGACCUGGGACUGGCCAAAGAGGACGCUAAGAGGAUGGCGAUCAAGGAAGAGGCGUACGACCCAGGCUACGAGGCCGCCUUCGGCGGAGCGUAUGGAGAGGACGGGCCCGGGCCUGUGGAGGGCCAGAGCAACGGUCACUAACUUCUCGUUGGCUGGAAACACAGACGCUGCUGAGAAGGCAAACACUUACCAACCUCCUACAGCUGCCACCACCACCACAGAAGGACAACUCCCAGACAGACAGUGGAUGAG